AUGGUUCUGGCUGGUGGUGAGCUGGUUUUUCUGAUCCUUAAGGGAGCUCAGGACGAACUGGUUCCAAUUUGUGGCUGGGUUGUGGAAUUAGUAGAUGACGAGGCAGUAGUCGGUACAGCCUUGCCGGCGACUUCAGUGAAUAUUCCUGGGGCCAUCGAGGGCAAGAGCGGUGCCGAGAGGCUACUGUUUGUUCGAGUUCCUCAGACCAGUUUGGCCACAUCCCAGCCAGCCGUGUGGAAGGGCAAUUUGCCAAGCACCCUGCCCUCCUGGACCGCUUCACGUGCUGUAUGGCGGCAGGUGGAUGUGAAGGGUUUGGGCAGCAGCGAGGCCGAGGUGCCCCGCCCAAAGCCCUCGAGAGCAGCUUCAAAGAAAGGGCUUCAGCAGGAAAUGCAAGAUCUAUCCCAUCUGUUCGGAGACGCGACCGACAGCGAAGAGGACGACGAGGAGGCCGACCAGGACUUCACGGCAGCGGCGAGCAGCAGCCAGCGUGUGUUGGCGCCGGGGGCCCCUGCGAGAGGACGAAAAGUCGAGGACACCAAGAAGAAGUCAAAGAAGGAGGGCUUGAACGUGCGCGCGCUCUUGGCCGACGGCAUUUCAAAGGGGCAAAGUGCCUCAGAGAUGCUGCCCCUGGCGGUGCUUGCGAUGGUGAUGAAGAGCGAGAAAGGCGAGAAGGCCAGGGGAAAGAGUUCGGCACUCCUUGGUGGUUCGUCCUCCGAGAGCGAAAGCGACGGUCACGACUUCGCGAAGUCUGGGAUGAAGGCUGUGGUUUCUUUAAACAAGCUCCAUGCUCGAAUCAAGGACCGGCCCAGCAAGAUCUACAACGAGUUCGAGCGGGAGAUUGUGAAAGAGCUGGGCAUCAUCCCGGGGCAGGCUUGGACACUCAAGGACUAUGUCAAGAAGCAGAAUUGGGGAAAGUUCAAGGGGAUUUUCCGGUGCGCGAUCAUGGAUGCUGCAGCCUACGAGAUGCUGAGGGCCGGCGAAGUCGAAAGCGCGACGGCCCAGUUGGCUCAGAACCUCAAGGCCAAGAUGCAAGCUGUCAUGGCCGGCGGCGACUGGGAGGCAGCAUGGCUGCUCACGGGAUUGGCCGAUCCUCUGAGCCGCCGCGAGUUCGCGGGCAGCCGCGAAGAGAUGGCCAUUGUGAGCGGCUACAUGGAGGCGCUAAGCAAGCUGAAGAAGAAGGUGCGCGAGGCCGGGAACCAGGACCAAGGCGACGAGGACGCCGAGGGCGACGGGGCCUUUGUUGACCCCGCCUUGCCCGGCCGGAAUUCAACUCGUUUUAUGAAGUAUCUCGCGUGGCUGGAACGUGCCCAUGGUUACCUACUGGAACGGUCCGGUGCCAACGCGCCGCUUUUUCCCAGUGCUCUUCCUUAUCCUGAGGUGCUUGGUGCCAAAGGACGUGCCCGGGAGUCGCUUGACGCGCUGCAGUGGGGCCGGGUCUUCGUGAAUACGUUGGUGGCCUGGUCAAACUUUGUGGUGCUUGGGUGCCCCGAUGGUGAAGGAAGUGCGUUUGAGCCGCGAGUGGCCCACACAAGUGUGGAAGGCAUUCGACCAUAUGCCGACAAGCUGCUUGGCGAGGUGGCUAAUUUCAUUAGUCCCGAUGUUUUGUCUGGAGCACUAAGUUGUGAAGGCAAGCGCAAGGACUUGGAGGAACUUGUGGCCUCCGGUACAGGUGCAUGCUACAGUGGUGUUGUGAAAGUGGAGAGUCAGAGGCUUUCUUCGGCUCUGCCGGUGGUGGCAGACCGAGUUGCGAUCCCUGAGGAGGCGGGUCAAGUUGAUCCUCGACGGUGCUUGGAUAGUGUGCGGGCCCAGGUCGUCGACAACUUGCAAGCUCUACGGCGACCUGAACAUUUGUGGGGAGAGGAAGUGCAGGCUUGCCAUCGGGUUCCGAUUGAGGAGGAAACGCCGCUCCUUAGGCGUUUGCUGGCUUCAAAGAUGAUUUCUCUCAUUCCUGAGAGUGAGCUUCCACGUCGCCAGGAUGGCCGGCUCCUGCUUGGUGGCCUCUUCGCGGUGCGGAAGAACGAACGAGAGGACCGCUUAAUCUUUGAUCGGAGGCCAGAGAACUCUACCAUGGCCCGCCUCGAUUGGGCCAGGCUCCCGGCUGGCGCCUGCUUUUGCCGGCUGCUGCUAGCGGACAACGAGAUUUUGCGUGGAUCAGGCGACGACCUUCGGAACUAUUAUUAUACCCUUGCCCUCCCCUCUGAGUGGGUCAGGUUCAAUGGUUUUGGACGUCGUGUUGAUCGAGGUCUGGUUGCAGAAGCAGGCCUGGAUCCUUCGGUGCCGCAUAGGGCUUGUCUCAGGGUCUUGGGCAUGGGGGAUAUCAAUGGAUGUGCCAUAGCGCAAGCUACCCAUGAGUCGGUGCUCCGUGGAGAAGGUUUGCUGUCUCCCGACAGUACGCUGGUGUACGGCGAGAUGGUCCCGAAGGGACGCCUGUGGCAGGGAGCUUAUUUAGACGACCUGCUCAUUGCCUACCGCCUGCUGCUGAAACACCCUGUCCCCUUUGAUGGCACGUUUGAAGCACCAGCUCCUUUACCUUCAGAUCCGGAUGUUGUGAUGACCAAGGCGGCCGAGCGCGCCUACCUCAAGGCGAACCUGUCGAGGGCCGAGCACAAGGCCUUCAGAUGUGAGACCGAGUUCAAAGCUUGGGGGGCCGAGGUGGACGGUGUGCAAGGUCGGGCUGGAGCUCCAGUAAGUGUACGGAGGCAGGUGUGGCAAAUCUUGCGCAAGAUUGUGGAGCUGGGCUUUUGUACGAAGGAAAUCCUGCAGAGAGUCCUCGGCUUCGUGUGCUUCAUUUUCCAGUAUAGGCGCGAGUUCUACAGUCUGCAGCAUCACAUUUAUAGAUACAUAGAGAGCACGAAGAGUGAGCGUUGGGUUCGGCUGCCAAACCACAUCGUGGACGAAUUGAGGUCCAUUGCGCUGCACCUUCCUUUCGCUGUGUGGCACAUGCGCAAGGAACUCAGUCAGGAGCUCAUCGCUACCGAUGCCACCCCGACCAGCGGGGGUGCCACCUCUGCUCAGAUUUCGCCUGAGCUCGCGCAGGAGCUUUGGAGGCGCUCAGAAGUUCGUGGCUCUCCUGUUCGGCUGGACCGGGAGGAGGAUCUCAAGGUGAGCGCCUCGACCCCCACAGAGCCCAGCAAGUUCGCCAGCGCUCUUUGUGAAUGUCUAAGGUGGCGGGUGGUCUCGAGCUACACUUUCAGGCAAACCUCCCACAUAAACUUGCAGGAGCUGAGAGCGUUUAAGCGAGAACUUUGUCGUGUGGCAAGCCAGUUUUCUCAAAGAGGUCGCGUGCAGAUCUUUGUCAACGAUUCGAAGGUCUCGGUUGGGGCCACAGCAAAGGGGCGCUCUUCCUCGUUUAAGGUCAAUGGCUUGCUGCGAAGCUUGGUUCCUUUCUUACUUUUCGGGGAUGUGACCAUUGCCAUCCUUUGGGUGGAAACACAGUCCAACCCAGCGGACCAUCCUUCUCGUGGUGCUCGAGUGCCUCCUCCCCAGAUUGCUCCAAAGUGGAUGUCAGCUUAUGGUGUACCAGGUCCUGCGUUGUGGGGCCUCGAGAUCUUCGCCGGCACGGCCGUCUUGACCAAGGCCCACCGAGCAGCAGGGCACCUGAUGUAUCCACCUGUGGAGAUCAAUGAAGGUCGGGACGCUUUUGACACUAGCAUCGACCAGAUGCUGAUCGAAGGACCUCUUCGGCCCAAUGAUUGCCCGGAAGGUGAUGAGCAGCGACCUGAGGUGAGAAAGGGGAAUGCUUUGUGGCGCCGGUCGGUCUACCUAGCACGCUUGGCGAUGCAGGACGGGGUUUCUGUUGAGAAGGUGAACUGGUGUGCGUAUCGGGCACAGAGUGUGGCGGAUAUCCCCGGGGCUUUUGUGAAUCCCUCGCCCGGGCCCUCGGUGACUGGAGCUAUGGCGCCGCGACGUCGGGAUGCGGUGCUGAGCAGGGACUAUAAACGUAGGCUGCGCGAGGCGGCGGCGGACCUCUUCAAUCGAGUAGGCCGUUGUGGUGGGAAACUUUUUCGGAACUCGCCGGCCAGGGUGAUCGAUCGGUGGCUGGAGAAAGCGGUGGAGGAUGCUCAUCGUGGUGGUGAGCGCUUGUACUACGUGACGUUGGGGGUUCUGGGGAUGCAAAGGCUGUGGAGGCUGUCCGGUUCGACUCUCCCGGGCACGUGGGCGGCACUGAAGGCGUGGAGGCAUCUUGCACCGAGCCGCUCGAGGCUGCCGAUCACCUUUUACACGCUGCAGUCUUUCCUGUUGGUCUGUCUCGCAAAGGGGUACCAGGUACAAGGGCGCGCGCGGUAUCUAUGGUGGAGUGUGAUGGUGGGUUCGUGGCUUAGCUUUGCAGCUCUUCUACGCCCGGGUGAAGUGUACAACCUCCGGUUUGAAGAUGUGACCUUGCCUGUAGAGGGUGCGGAGGGCCUCGAUUCGCCAGGGAUGGUGAUCGUAAUCCGGCGGCCCAAAACACGUCGGGUGUACAAGACUCAGUUUGUGCUGGUGAAAGACGAUGCGAUGAUGAAGUGGAUGCGAUGGUGGCGUGACGCACAUCAGAGGGGGAAGAAGCUGUUCCCUUGGGAGAGACAUCAAUGGGCUAAUGUGUUCAAGGCCGGCAUGGAAGCUUUGCAGCUUGAUGGUGUUGGGUUCAGCCCGGCAUCAAUGAGAGCUGGAGGUGCCACCCAUGUUUUCCGUGAGAAGGAGAACUUGGCGGCUCUCCAGUACCUGGGCCGAUGGUCAAAGCCGUUUGAGUGCACCGCCAUCGGCUCGGCUCACAGAUCUUUUGUCGUCAUGACUGAGCGGGUCGUCUUGGCCCUGCGGGAGCUGGCGGACGCACUCGAGGAGCUGCAGGUGGAGUCUCCGUGGCUGUGGGAAGGACAAGCCUCGCAGUCGCGGCCGGUUGCAGGCACGCAACGGGCGCAGUCGUUGGUGACUCCAGCCAGUGCAGGCCGGGAACCGUGUGGCUCGAGUGUGCAGUACCACCCUGACCUCCGCCUCUACCUGGUGCUUGCCAACCCGAAGCAGCCGGCGAACGUGGGCCUGUUCCGUGGGCAAUGGAAGACCUUGGAGGCGAGCCUCGAAGGCCACAGCUCGGGAAAUUUGGUCCUCUCACUUCCCAAACAAGGCCCUGCCAAUCCUGCAGCUCUGAAUGGGCCAACGAGGGCCGCGGAGUGGUUGAGGACGGCGAUGACGCAGGCAGCCUCUGCCCUGGGGAAUGAGGAAAUUGCUCAGGGCCUUACGGCUGCCGAAGUUUUGGCAAGUGAUGAUGGCACGCAGUCUGCGGCUCGGUGGCGUUCUGGGCCUGAAGGACGGCGUUUAACAGCGGUGCUGGCUCGCCUUAGUCAAGGUUUGGCUUCGGUGUUUCCAAGUCUUGGUUCUGCUGUGGAACGCGGCGGGGUCCCAGCCGAACCUCUUCAGCCUGUUCAUGCUCGGCCACUACGUGGAGGUGUGGAUAUUGCUGGGGCGGCUUCGGCGCCCUCGCCGUGGCGCCAACGCUUAAGCAUGCUUUUGAGCCGCCUAAAUGUGAAGACUCUGGGCCUGCUGCUGCUGGUGAUGAUGUUCCCACGUUUGAUCGCCUUCUUAGUGGCGAUGAGUGUGAGGAUAGUGGCAAGCCUCCUGAUGCGCCUGAGUGGUCGCAUCUUGAAGGAGCUGCUGACGCAAAUGGCUUUGCUGGCAGCUGACCUGGAGUCCCAGAUCAUUGAGUGGUUAUAUAACGCCUGGGUGGAAUCCCAGACGCCGACGACUACUACGGUGGCUUUGUCGUCUUCGCCGUCUUCGCAGCCCUCUGCAGAGCCCGGCCCGCCUCAGACGGUGACGGUGGCCCUCCCUGCCCGCCCUGUGGACUACCUCACGCUGUUUUUGUUGCUCUUUCAAGUGCUUCGCAGCUGGCCCCGUGGGUGGGUUGGGUGGUUCAGGCCGCAGCUUGGUUGA